CUGACCAAUGAAAACAUUGUGACUGAUCGCCAUAUUGCUCUGUUUUACCACACCCUGGAUAAAGUAUCGGUGAGACAGUGGACUGAAACGGGGUCACGCGGAGACCCUAAUUGCAGCCCAUGACCUCCGAAUAAUAUUAAAUGGAAUUGGAAAAUAUCGUAGCAAAUACGGUGUACAUAAAAGCUCGUGAAGGAAAGCGAAAAGGAAAGAGUAAAAAAUGGAAGCAAAUCCUUAAAUUUCCACACAUAUCCACCUGUUUACAUCUACGGAAUACGAUACCUAAUACAUAUGAAUACCUUGUUGACCAACAACCAAUAGGGAGGGAAUUGUUCCGAUUAUUUUGUUCCAAGAAACCAGAACUUGCCCGUGCCAUCAAGUUCUUGGACCAAGUGGCAAUCUAUGAAGUGGCACCAGAUGAAAAACGGCAGGAAGAAGCAAAAGCAGUAUAUGAGACAUAUCUAGACCCCAAGUCUGAUUCUUACGUGAGUCAGGUCAAUGGAAAUCAAAUUACAGCCAUUCAGGAGAGUAUACACAGUCACAACUGCAGUAAAGAAAUAUUUAACCCUUGUGUAGAAUUAAUUCUAGAACAUUUAAAAAAUGAACCAUUUAAAGAGUUCCUAGACAGUCUGUUUUAUAAAAGAUAUUUACAAUGGAAGUGGUUGGAAAGUCAACCAGUCACAAAAAAUACAUUUCGAAUGUAUCGGGUAUUGGGUAAAGGCGGGUUCGGGGAGGUGUGUGCGUGCCAGGUCAGGGCCACGGGGAAAAUGUAUGCAUGUAAAAAGCUGGAGAAAAAGCGAAUCAAGAAACGCAAUGGGGAGAGAAUGGCACUGAAUGAAAAACAGAUUCUACAAAAGGUCAACUCAAGGUUUGUCGUUAGUUUAGCCUAUGCAUUUGAAACCAAAGAGGCCCUGUGUUUAGUGUUGACUAUAAUGAAUGGGGGAGAUUUAAAGUUUCAUAUACACAAUAUGGGUAACCCAGGUUUUGAGGAGGAAAGAGCCAUUUUUUAUGCAGCAGAAAUUACGUGUGGAUUAGAGGACCUCCAUUUAAAGGGGAUUGUAUAUAGGGAUUUGAAACCAGAGAAUAUAUUAUUGGAUGAUCACGGUCAUGUGCGUAUUUCUGACCUUGGACUGGCGGAAGAAGUACCAGAAGGGGAGACAAUCAAGGGUCGGGUUGGCACCGUUGGCUACAUGGCCCCUGAGGUGGUGAAGAACGAGCGUUACUCCUUUAGCCCAGACUGGUGGGGUCUAGGUUGUAUCAUUUAUGAAAUGAUUGAAGGAAAGGGGCCGUUCCGGGCACGGAAGGAGAAGGUGAAGCGUGAGGAGGUGGAUCGCAGAGUUAAGGAGGAUCAGGAGGAGUACUCCGUCAAAUUCUCCGAGGACUGUCAGGACAUCUGUAAAAAGCUUCUUAACAAAGAUCCAAAGUCAAGACUGGGAUGUGGGCCCUAUGGUGCCAAAGACGUCAAGUCACAUGAAUUCUUCAAAACGAUAAACUUUAAAAGGUUGCGGGCAGGAAUAUUAAAUCCUCCAUUUGAACCUGAUAAAAGAGCCGUAUACUGUAAAGAUGUUCUUGAUAUAGAGCAGUUUUCCACGGUCAAAGGAGUCAAUCUUGACGCAACGGACGACUCAUUUUAUACAAAGUUCAGUACGGGCAGUGUAUCAAUACCAUGGCAGAAUGAGAUGAUUGAGAUGGAUUGUUUUAAGGAACUAAAUGUGUUCAAUGAAGACGGGGACCCCCCACCUGACCUGAUUGAGGAACUUCCCCCUCCCCCGCCCCGGGGUGGGCUUUUUAGCAGGCUCUUCAGAAGGCAGAAUCGCGAGGCUCACUGACGUAGGGGAAAUGGUGGUGCUGUCGGCUUCCAUUGCUGCGAUUAAGAUCCUCCAAAAAGAAAAUUUUAAAAACAAACACGUGGACUGAACCUGCUAACUAUUGAGUCAGUGAUCAGAGGCAAACCACCAUGUUUUUAUUACAUACAAACUCAGGCUGGGACAUAGAGAUAGAGAGAAGAAAAAACGCUGUAGAAAAAAAAUUGAUACAGUGACAGGAUCAUUUUUUUCUUUCGUCUCAACUUUCAAAUCAAAAAUUGUCGACGGACAUCAGGAGGUGUGGACAAUUUUUGGAGGACUGAAAUUUUGCUCGGACUUGCCAGUAU